AUGGCACCGAAGCGGCGCGCUUCUGCAACGGACGAUGGAGCCAAGGAGACAGACCAUGCUACACCUGCCGGGGCGCCCGUAGACGACCUUGAUGCUGAACGCCAGGAGAGGAUGGCUCGGAAUGCCGCUGCCUUGGCCGCUAUCGGCGUCGCAAAAGCCGUAAGGAACUUUACCCAAGCCGUCGCUGCGGAGAAGAACAACCAUCGGGGGCCAGCUUCAGCAGCCCAGAGAAUUGCGGCUAAGAGGCCGCGCGUUGUGGAGCGGAGGCUGCCACCGCGGCGGAGCCAUCGCAUAGCGGGGAUGCCUGCCCCAAACCUUGUAGAACUCGAUGACGAUGGCAAUCCCAUGUAUAGUGGUGGCGGCAGUGCAGAAGGUGAUGGUAGCGGUGACGGUGAGGAGGCUGCCGGCGGCACCCACGGCGGCGAGCUGCUUGACCUGAUCGGCCUCACCUGCCAUUUCUGCCGCCAGAAGAUGUUGUGUAGUGAGGAGGACUGUCCCCGGUGCAGCACCCGCAACAGCGCGGCACAGUGCCUGGGCAAGUCGACCUGCUCGAGCUGCAAGUCCGCGACGGGAAUCUUCUGUCGCGCGUGCCUUUGGGUCAGGUACGGUCAGGUUCUAGAGGAGGUCCGUGAAGACCCCGACUGGCUCUGCCCCCAUUGCUACGAGAAGAAACACGGUAACUGGCGCAAGCACGGCUGGUUCUGCAACAGCUCGAUCUGCAUGCGCAAGGAGGGCCGUCUGCCCACUGGCAUUGCCUUCCAUAAGGCCCAGGAGAGAGGCUACGCCAGUGUGGCGCACAUGCUGCAGGCCGCUGUGCUCAACAUGGCGGAGGAGGGUGCCACCGGAGCCAAGCAGCGUGGUGGCGACGCUGCCGGCCACACCGGGGCCGACGGCUCUAAGGAGGAGGAGGAGGCUGGUAAGACCCCGCAGACUGGUGGAUCGGGUGGUAAACAGGGUGCUGCUGCAGCCUUGGGUAAGGCAGUGGCGGCUUUGGAUGAUGGGGGCGUAGAGGUGGGGUAA